AUGAAGACUCCAUCUGUCAUCCCGCUAAUUAUCGAUGGGCAGGACAUUGUGGCUCCUGAUGGCGAGAGGCAAAGUGAACUAGCGAAUAAAUCCCACGACGGCGGGCCAACUUUCUAUCAAGGAGCAACAAAAGCCCUGGCACUACAAGCUGCCGAAUCCAGUGCAAAAGCAUACAGACUUUGGUCGAAGACUACACCCAUUGAGCGUCGAAGGCUCCUACUGAACCUAGCCGAGAUACUCAGAAAAAGGUCCGAAGAGAUCAAACAGGUCUGCUGUAAUGAAAUCAACUGUGGUCCACUAUGGGCCGACAUCAACACGGCUGAUAGCAUCGGCCUGAUCGAGGAGUACGCGUCGCUGACGACAAGCGUCGCAACCGGGUCGAUACCCUUUGUCCAGAGUGGAUACGGCCUUGUGAUGAAAGAGCCUCUUGGGGUCGUCCUCGGAAUCGCGCCGUGGAAUGCACCGGUUAUUCUAGGCCUCCGUGCUGUUGUCGCUCCGAUUGCUGCAGGAAAUGGGUCCGAAUUAAGCCCUCAAACACAUCAUAUACUCGCGUCCAUGUUCCGCGAAGCAGGGUUCCCACCCGGUGUGUUGAACUUCCUUCUCCAUCGACCGGAAGAUGCAUCGGAGAUCUUCACGUCCUUGAUCAACCACCCCGCGAUCAAGAAAUGUAACUUUACUGGGUCAACGCAGGUCGGGCGGAUCAUCGCCUCUCAAGCGGCUGCGGCUCUCAAGCCUGUCCUGUUAGAGCUUGGAGGCAAGAAUUUUACCAUUGUUCUUGACGACGCGGACCUCGAUCUUGCGGCGGGCGAGGUGGUUAAGGGGGCUUUUUUAAACAAUGGUCAAAUCUGCAUGUCCACGGAUACUGUCCUGGCUACGAAGAAUGUAGCGCAAGCCCUAGAGACCAAGAUCCUCUCCUUGCUACAGAACCUGGACAGUACACCAGUCGUCAUCUCGGCAGCAGCAAAAGCAAAACUUCAAAAUCUGGUCAACGACGCAAGAGAAAAAGGAGCCUCUGUGCAUACUGCACCUCUGCCUCCCAAUCCGCUGCCACACAGCUAUCCAGCAACUGUCAUAACCGGCCUUACAAAAGAGAUGGCCCUCUACGAGAUCGAAUCAUUCGGCCCGAUUCUAUGCAUCCUCACUGUCGAAACCGAGGACGCGAUCAUGGACGUCAUCCAAGAGUCUAAAUAUGGGUUGUCAAGCUCGAUCAUCUCGAAUGAUCAUUAUCGGGCCCUUGAGCUGGCUCGCGCCAUCAGGGCGGGGGCCGUGCACAUCAAUUCCAUGACUGUGCAUGAUGAACCGACUCUGCCUCAUGGAGGCCAUGGUGACAGCGGCUGGGGUCGAUUCGGGGCGCAGUGGGGAUUGGAGGAAUUUGUGCAGACCAAGGUCAUCACCAUACAUCCAGGGACAGCGCAGAAAAUUGGAUAA